CCUUCAGGCAGCAGCAACUGUGCCUGUGCAGGUGUGGACCUACACCUGCAAGACCUCAGAACUGUACCCACCAUGCAGCCAGGACAGUUUUUCCUUGAACAGUAAGGAUCAACUGUCCACAAUCACUGCCUUUUGCUCUCCAUAUGGGGUUGCCCAGUCUGGUUGAUGGCCAUGACCACCUCUAACCACAGUUAAGAACCCAAAGACUUGUUUGUGCCACCCAAAGGCAACACUCAGUGCUGGUUGCAUUUACUGUGUCAACAACGUCCUCCUCACUCGUUCUGCGGAAUACAUCUACUCAUCAUGGUGGAAUAUUAUGAAGCUCUGGGACUCCCUCGACAUGCUUCCUUAGAUGACAUUAAAAAAGCUUACAGGAAGAAAGCUCUGAAGUGGCAUCCAGAUAAAAACCCUGACAACAAGCAAUACGCAGAACAGAAAUUCAAGGAAAUUGCAGAAGCAUACGAAGUACUCUCGGACAAAAGCAAACGUGAUGUCUAUGACUGCUAUGGCAAGGAAGGACUCAUGGGAAGAGGUAGGCCUACAGGAUCAUCCAGGGCCAACAUGGGUUCCGACUACAUGUUCCACUUCCGCAGUGCCCACGAUGUCUUCAGGGACUUCUUUGGGGGACGGGACCCUUUCUUUGGAGAGCCCAUGCCCUUUGGUGCUUGUGCCAAUGGAGGAAAUGGUUUCCGGUUCUACUCUUCAUCGACCAACUUCAUUAAUGGCAAACAAGUCACCACCAAAAGAAUUGUUCAAGAUGGAGAGGAUCGAGUGGAAAUUGAAGAGGAUGGGGAGCUUACAUCUGUUCUUGUUAAUGGUGUGCCUGCGGAGACAGCAUGUAUUAGGGAAGGAGUGGGGCACUGUAUUCACGGACAUCCCACCAGGUACAGGUCUGCACCGGAGUUUACUUAUGAUGAAUAUGAUUCCGAUCCUAUCUAUGAGGUGCGUACUACGAACCAUGUGUUCCCUGUCAGAAAGAUCAUUCACUACACGGCAGGGGAUGAGUCUGCACCAGAGGACAAUACAGACAGUGAAUCGCAGCCAGACGACGGGCUCCAGACCGAGUACGAUGAAUCCCAAUUGUAUGAGUUCUAGUGGCAUGCUUCAUAUGAACAAAAUCCCAUAUAUUGGUGGCAGGUCAUGAGGAAUGUGUGGCAAGAUUCAUGGAAAGGCAAUGAAGACACUGAUGAGAAUAAAUAAUGAGGAGCUAGUAGAUACAGUGUGGAUCCAAAGUGGCAACAGACACCCUGGGCUUGGAGAGCAAAGAAGAGAGCUGCCGAUGAUGAAUAAAAAAAGCCCUUUGAACAAAGGAGCGGGGACUGUUCCUGGCCAAAGGGAGCAGAUUCAUUGCCACCAGUAACAAAUCAGACUCCACUAUGGCUGAAGAAGGCUCUAGGGGAAGUGGAUGCCCUCUGAGUCUACUUGCUUAUCAAUCUAGUGAGAACUGAAAAUGUUGGGACCCAUUAAGAAAGACCAGGAGGCUAGCAAAGGGCAAUGGGCUGUUUAAUAAAGGUUGGGAACAGUGA